UACACUAUAAUAGCGUCGUGUCCAUACUAGGAGCUGACAAUUCUGGGUCGUGGACCCCAACAGGGUACUGUGUUACUUAUCCCCAUGCCCAUUAACAGGACUAUAGCCAGUCCUAGCUGUUGUUUAGUUUGAUUUGUUAGCAUUAUCUGGCACUGAUAUUCCCACGUUAUCCUCCUAACUUUUAGAAAUCAACACAUAUAUCGCAUAUUGGGGCGUGCAAAGCUUACGCAUCCUGGUGAUGCGAGGUUGGGUGCAUUUGUGUCAGCGAGUUAUAUGUCUGUUUAAGUGUCCUUAAGAAAAGACGAGCCCCAAUCCGGAAGUAUGUGUAUGGACUUCAGACGACCAGCUACAGUAAAGUAAGCGUGUAGACAAUUGGGAUCACACAGAUAUAUUUCCAGUGUCUACAAUGUUCAGAGAUACAGUGCUGUGGUGUAUAGCGAUUGUUACCAUUGUCUGGAUCACACUCACCUCAGGAGAACCGUGUGCCCACGACGUCCGCCUGAUACAGAACCAAACUGGAUACUACGUCACAUGGUCACGUCUAGGAGAUUGUGGUGACUCCUGGAUACGGACCGACAAAAACGCAGAUAGUGUAUUGGUAUCAUCACCUAUGCUUAUACAAUUGGGCUCUAAUCCAAGAGUAAUAUGUAGAAAUAAGACAUGUGAAGUCACUAAUAUUAACGUCACUACAGUCAAAGCUACAUCAACUGUAUGGACCACUCGGCCGACAACUUCAGACCGUUUAGUGACAACAUCAUCGAGGAAUGUACCUACUUCAAACACAGUGACCCCAGCACCAAGGGGACCUGUUAAUGAGUUCCCGACACUCCUGGUGGCCGUGUCUGUCUGUUCUAUUGUGGUACUGACUGUGGUAGUCAUACUAGUAGUGUUUUUAGUCAAGACUCGUCGUACACAACCAGAUAAGACAGCAGCUCCGGUGGUGAACAGUACAAGGUCUUUGAGACGUGAGGACAUACAACACAUGGUGUCCACUGACGAGCCAGGUAUUGAGGAGGGAACCUAUACCGAAAUAGGCGCGGUCAGCCAUCCCCCACGUGAUUUGUAUGCUGUAGUAGUAAAGAAACAAGACAUAGCCGACACGUCAGCUGUCGAAGAUGCAUAUGCAGUCGUCCAGAAACCUCCAAAGGAGUCUGGUCAUACUGCUGACCCGGGGUCUAUGUAUGCCGAGGUACAGAAACCGUCAAAUGGUAAGCGAAGUCCUAUACAGAAACCUUCAAAUGCUGCAAAACAACCGAUGUUACAAGAAGACACAAACGGACCGAACCAAGACGGUUCACGGCACAAAAACAAAGAUGGGUUGAUUUACCUGGAUGUGGACUUCAGUCAGACGCCGGACCAGAAGGAGGGUGGCCAUCCGUUGUUAGAUUGUCCACAGAGGGACUGUGACUAUGCCGAGGUUCAGCACACGUGAACACCACUUAGGGACAUAGAAAGUACUGGAGAAUAUAAAUUGUCAUUUUCAAUGAAAGUGCAGCUUUGUAGAACGUACCAAAGAGUAUACAUUGUCAUCGCAAUGAAAACAUAGGUUAAUGAAGGUUAAACUUACGAUCUACAAAAUUUUAUAUAAAUAAACUAAAUUACUUUUCCCUAACGCAAAAACGCGAUACUUGGUUCUGAUAAACCAAGUAAGUGUAAUAACAAUUAACAUCGAACAACCUGUAUUAGAUCAAACAUAACUAUCUGAGGUGCAGAUCAGGGCAACGAUUUAUUAAAACAGAAGGAGGCAGGUGUUGUGUUGAUAUCGGGGAAUACUGCAAUCAGCAAACCUUCAAUGUGAGAUAAUUCACUGAUUUUUUUUCUCCUGAAUGUAAGAAACAACUGAUUGGUAAAUGUGUGUUAUAGGAAAGCGACUUGACCCCGUAGUCAAACUCCUACCCAUGGAUUAUGGCAGAAAGAUCGUUCCUACGGAUUUCACAGCAAAAUGUCAAUUUACAAAAGUUUAUCAAAGAUUACCCAUAGUUAUCAAUUAUAUCUUUUAACAGUUGAAUGUCUUGUAUCAAAUUGCGUUAGUUUAGCUGACCAAACAUAUUUUACGCUCAUUUUUAUUUGUUUACUUUUCUUGAAAUUAUGAUAUUUUAUGUCAGAUCUUAAUGUGGUAGCUUUAAUUUAUAAGGAUAUAUAUGUGUUAAGGGUAAAACCAACUAAGUCUCACUGACGGGUUCGGUGAGUAAGGGUCGUAUACAUGUCGUUACUCACACGAUCGUAUACAUGUCGUUACUCACACGAUCGUAUACAGGUCGUUACUCACACGAUCGUAUGCAUGUCGUUACUCACACGAUCUUAUACAUGUCGUUACUCACACGAUCGUAUACAUGUCGUUACUCACACGAGGUUCUGGUGUUUGUAGCAUCAAGAUGAUGCGAACAUCUUUUUUAUUUAUAUAUUCAGUCUUAUGGAAGAAAGAAUAAUGUACUGUUGUCAUCGAUUUGAUAAAAUUUAAAAACAAAAACAUAAUUAUUAUGUAAUAAUAUACAACCAACACAAAAAGAUUACAUUUCAAUUCCAAGUGGUUUUUUUUUUUUUAAUUUUCAAAGGAUAAAUCAAUGCAUUUAAUUGAAAUGAUGGAAACAUUCUUUGUGUUUUGAAUAACACGUACAUUUGUAUAAACAAGAAAAAUUGAAGACAAACUCUGUGGACAAAUAUAAUACAUGUUAUAAUUGUACUAAUUUAUAUAAUUUGUUUGAAUAACCUCAUGUUUUAGCAGUCCAGGAAGACAACUUGCCAGUAUUAUUGUCUCCUUUUAAAAUAGUCAAAGCAUAAGCCAACUCGGACGCAUUCAUGUAAAUACAUUAGAUUAUGUUCAAUUACACUGAAUUCAAAAAAGGAAAAAUAACCCCGUUCCUGUCGAGUCAUUUUCAUCUUUAAUCCUUUGAAUGUCACUGUUGACAUUUCCAUUGAUAAACCUGUAAUGGACUUUUAUUAGGUCACUUCACUGUAAAUCCUGCAAUAGUCAAUGUAGAGUCUGUUCCACUGUUAAUACAGAUAAUUUCGCCGUUCAGUCGUUUCAACCAUUAAACUGUCACUUCAUCAUAUUAUUGUCACUUAUCGAAUAAUUUAUUUCCACUUUUAAUCAAGUCAACCAUUUUCACUGUUCAUAUUUUUAUAUUGAAAUUUUCAUUUUUUAUCCUGUCAUUACCACUAAUUAUCCAGCCAGUCCUUCAAUUAUGUGUCACAAUUCUCGUAUUGUGAAGUUGUAAGGUAUCCUCACUGUUUACGGGAUCAUUAUCACAAGUUAUUUUCACUAUUUACGAAGUCAUUGUCAUUAGUUAUUUUCACUCUUUACCAAGUCAUUGUCAUUAGUUAUUUUCACUAUUUACGAAGUUAUUGUCAUUAGUUAUUUUCACUCUUUACGAAGUCAGUUAUUUUCACUCUUUACGAAGUCACUGUCGUUAGUUAUUUUCACU